UGUCAAGUCUGCUCCCUAAGACACCCAGGAAUUCUGCACGUUGAGAAGGACAGUGCUACAUUUAGAAAGCCAGAUGAGAACAUCUCAAAUGGUCUCGUGUCACUGACACAGGAAACAUGUGGAUACACUGGGGCCGGAGAAUGUGUACUUGAUAUAGUACCGGUAAAAGUCAAGUCCAAUAAAAGUGAGAAGGUUGUGGAGACGUAUGCCUUCAUGGAUCCAGGAAGUACGGCGACUUUCUGCACUGAAUCACUGAAGACACAGCUGAACGUUCGAGGCAAGAAAACUACGAUCCUACUCAGAACUAUGGGCCAGGAGAAGCCAGCCCAAAGUUGUAUCUUGUCGGACCUGGAAGUGUGUGGACUUGAAGAAAGGAAGUACAUUGAACUCCCUAAGGUUUUUACAUGUAAAGAUAUACUGGUCAAGAAAGAAAACAUCCCCCUGCAGGAAGACCUAAAGAAGUGGCCAUAUCUGAAAGAGGUGAAAAUCCCGAAGAUAAUAGGAGAAGUCACCAUGCUUAUAGGAACCAACACCCCUAAAGCUUUGGAGCCAUGGCAGGUGAUAAACAGCAUCGGAGACGGGCCCUAUGCAGUUAAGACUGCCCUUGGAUGGGUAGUGAAUGGGCCGAAGAAGACAGAUGAUGGCAGCAAGGCAGCGGAUGGAGUUGUGAGCCACAUUACAGCCAACCACAUCUCCAUAGCUAACAUAGAGGAACUGUUGAUCAAGCAAUAUAACACAGACUUCUCAGAACUCAGCUGUGAAGACAAAGAAGAGAUGUCCCAGGAGGAUCAUCAGUUUAUGCGGUCAGUGGUCAAAUCUGCAGAGUUAAGGGAUGGGCACUACUGCAUUGGCUUACCACUGCAAAACGACAGCCAAAAUGCCAAACAACCGCUGCAUGGCAGAGCAGCGUGCCGCAAGUCUCCAAAGAAAGCUCAGCAAAACCCCGGACCUGUACAAAGGUUACAAGGACUUCAUGGCGGGUAUAAAUGGAAAAGGCUACGCUGUCAAAAUCCCCAUGAAACAGUUAAGCCGAGAAGAUGGACGUGUGUGGUACAUACCUCAUCACGGUCUCUACCACCCAAAGAAAGACCAAGAUGCGGAUCUUCUGCAUUUCCUAUGGUGGCAGGAUGGUGAUCCGAACAAACCAAUGGAAGACUACCGAAUGACAGUGCACCUGUUCGGCGCUACAUCGUCUCCCAGCUGCGCAUCAUAUGCAUUAAGAAGAACAGCACAGGAUGGAGGAAGCAAAACAACACCAGAGGUGGUGGAAACGGUUCUCAGAAACUUUUAUGUGGAUGACUGUUUAAAGUCUGUAGAUUCAGAAGAUCCUGCUGUUGCUUUGGCCAAGGACCUCAGACAUCUGUGCGCCAGUGGAGGUUUCGGGCUAACAAAGUAUGUCAGCAACAGUAGGGCCGUCCUGUCGUCCAUCCCUAAAGAAGACAGCACAACGGAAGUCAAAGAUCUUGACCUGAACCAUAAGCAGCUUCCUAUGGAAAGAGCCCUUGGUACUCAGUGGUGCACUGAAUCAGACACCUUCAGGUUCAAAGUGCAACCACAGGACAAACCAGCUACAAGACGAGGAAUCCUGUCCAUCGUUAGCUCCACCUAUGACCCCCUCGGGUUCCUGGCCCCAUUGGUACUGCCAGCGAAGCUCCUUCUGAGGGACCUUUGUAGGGAAAAGAGAGGCUGGGAUGAAAAGAUAAACAGUGGGCAGGCCCAGAAAUGGAUGAAGUGGCUGGCCGACCGUGAGCAGCUGUCAAAGUUUAUGUGCAGAGAUAAGUCAAACCGGCAGGGUUUGAACCCCUGA